AUGGACAAUUACGAUGUGAUCAAGGCCAUUGGGGAAGGUGCCUUCGGGAAAGCAUUCUUGGCUAAAGGGAAAUCAGAUAGCAAGCACUGUGUUAUAAAAGAGAUCGAUUUUGCGAAGAUGCCCAUCCAAGAAAAAGAAGCUUCAAAGAAAGAGGUAAUUCUUCUGGCCCAGAUGAAGCAUCCCAACAUUGUAACAUUCUUCAGUUCGUUUCAAGAGAACAACAGGUUGUUUAUUGUGAUGGAGUACUGUGACGGAGGAGAUCUCAUGAGAAGGAUCCAUAGACAACGGGGAGUGUUAUUUAGCGAAGAUCAGAUUCUGAGUUGGUUUGUACAGAUUUCUCUAGGACUAAAAUAUAUUCAUGACAGGAAGAUCUUACACAGAGACAUAAAAGCGCAGAACAUUUUUCUUAGCAAGAAUGGAAUGGUUGCAAAGCUUGGGGACUUUGGUAUAGCAAGAGUUCUGAACAAUUCCAUGGAACUUGCUAGAACUUGUGUUGGAACACCAUACUACCUGUCCCCAGAGAUCUGUCAGAAUAAACCCUACAACAAUAAAACGGAUAUUUGGUCUCUUGGCUGUGUCUUGUAUGAGCUUUGCACACUCAAGCAUCCUUUUGAGGGUAACAACUUACACCAGCUGGUUCUGAGGAUUUGUCAAGCGCAUUUUGCCCCGAUAUCACCAAGGUUCUCCCGUGACCUGCAGGCCUUGAUAUCUCAGCUCUUUGAAGUAUCUCCCCGAGAUCGGCCGUCUAUUAAUUCCAUUUUGAAAAGGCCCUUUUUAGAGAACCUUAUUGCCAAAUACUUGACUCCCGAGAUAAAAAUGGUAGAAAGGCCCAAACUUGCUGCAGUGCAUGGACAUUAUGACUAUUAUUAUGCCCAACUUGACGUGUUGAGGAAGAGAGCGCACGAACCAACUUACCACUGUGUUCCUCAAAAAGAUUCUGGAGUUGAGAAGAAUUAUAAUCAGAAAGAAAGCCACAGUCCAUCACCAGAUCAAUGGCCUGCUGAAUACCUUCAGAGGAAAUUUGAAGCUCAACAAUAUAAGUUGAAAGUGGAAAAGCAGUUGGGUCUUCGUCCAUCUUCUGCUGAGCCAAAUCACAACUGGAGACAAAAGCUAAGAAGCAACAGAGAAGAGUCUCGAUUCCAGGAGCUGCAGAUCAGGAGAAACGAAAUGAAGGAACAGGAAUAUUGGAAGCAGUUAGAGGAAAUUCGCCAACAGUACCACAAUGACAUGAAGGAAAUUAGAAAGAAGAUGGGGAGUGAACUGGAGAGAGGGGUGAAGUUUGAAAUUAGUUUAAACCAAUGUAUUUCUGAUGAAAACACCCUCCAAGAGGAAGAGGCAACGGAUGUGCAAAAUAAAACUCUGACCUUUGAGCAUGGCAUGAAGCUUAAGGAAUAUAAGUGCGUGAAGGAGUAUGAAGAUUAUACAGACAAAGCAUUUGAAGAGCUCUGUUGCCCAGAAGCAGAGUGGUUCAUUCAAGAUACUGGUGCCUCUGCAGAGAGCAGGAGACAGUGGGAUGCGCCAGCUGCUCAGACUGUGCUAGAGAAGAUGACAGCAGGGGACAUCACCUCCACCUGCACCACUGUGCCCGAGGGUGGCCAAGGGAUGGUGACCGAAGGCAUCCCAGAAAAUAGGAGACGGUGGCAGCAUGAAGUGCCAGGAGCUUUAAUGAGCGCUUUGGCUGCAGCACGUCUAACAAGUAGCUCGUUUUCUGCCCACGAAGGCGAAUUGGUGGGAACAUUAGAACAAUGGCUUCCUAAAGAAGACGAGGGGAAUAUGGAAAUGGCCUCUGGCAUUGAAGUAGAUGAGGAACAACCAAGAUCUGAUGAUGACGAUACGAAUUUUGAAGAAUCUGAAGAUGAGUUGAGAAACGAAGUAGUAGAAUCCCUGGAAAAACUUCCUACUUCCAAAGAGGAAGAAAAAAGAGAAGAGGCUCCUGGUUUCACUAAGGGUGCUGAAAAGUUCGGAGGAGAGGGGAUAGGCACCCAGAAAUAUGCAGAAUUAAAUGAAGGUUUAGAGAAUAUUUCUACUCGAGCUAAUGACAAAGUAUGCAUUGCUGAUGAAAACCGAGAAACAUCAACAACCCACCAAAAUAUACAAGUGUGA